GGACUAUAUCAAGAAUAUAUGUAAAUAAUCUCAAGAUAAACAUCAUUAUCCGUGAAUUGCAUCAACCCUCCAGUAUUAAAGCCUCUCAAGAUGAAGCAAAGCUCAUUACGCACUGCGUUUGUUCCACGGAAGCGGGCAUCGAACGAUCCCAGGGCAUCUGUUCACGUCGCUACUAAGCGGUUGGUAGAUACAAGUGCAAAUAAGACAAGUAGUUUGGCCCAAAUAGAUAUAGAUAUAGACGCAAAUCAGACAAAUAUACAAUUGCCGGCAGAUAUAAACGAAGACACGAGCUUAGAGAUAGGAACGUGUAGGAAGAGAACGGAUGUCAAUGGAGGUGGAGUAGGAGUGGAUGGUGAUGAUGUGCGACCACGUAUGGGCGAAGCUAGUACAGGACUAGAAAUGGAGGCAGAUGGGAGUGUUGCUAGGGAGAGGUUGGAGACGACGGGGUCAGAGCCGGGUAUAGGUCGGCGUGUUCCACCGGAAAUGUCCACUAAAACGAAACGAAGGAAAGCUAAAAGUAAAGGAGACGGCACACUGAAAGCGUGGCUAUCCUCUGCUUCAGUAAGCAGUGCGGGGGUGCCGAAGAAAAGAACCACUACUGACUCCUUGG